AUGGCUAAAGUUAUCGUUCUCUAUGGUAAAAUACCGGAUGUUUACGCUCAGUCGAAAUAUGUACAACCACCCUCAUUAACUCUUUCCUCGAUAUCACCUAUAAUAUUUUGUAACUGUUUAUUCUGGCAUAAUACAUCUAGUAAUGAAUUAUACGGUCGUGUUACCCGUGAACUUUCGCGUGCUUUAUGCAAUUGGAUUGAUGGCGGUUAUACCUCUAAUAAUUCUACAGAAACUUGUAUGAAAUUAUCAAAUCCUAAUGUACCAAUAAUUGUUAAAAGUGAGCUAUCAAAAUAUACAGAUGAUGAAAAGUCGGAUGAAACGAAACUAUGUAAAUAUGAAAGUGAUCGUUUAACCAAUUCACUUACAAAUACAACAUUGACUGCGAUUACCACUACUACUAGUCAUAAUAAUAGUAGUAGUAUUAAUACUACAACUGGUAAUUCCAAUACUAAUAAUAAUAACAAUGGACCUAGUUUAGGCAGUGCUAUACAUUCAAUGAAUACAUUAUAUGGUAUAAUUGUUGCAUUAGCUGAAUUCGGUGCACAAUGUUUACGAAUGAUGGUAUUUCCAUUAUUGUCUUCUUUAUGUCACCGUUUAACUAAAUUAACAGAAUCAAAUCUUACGUUAAAUGAAUUAAAUGAAUUGAAUACUUCAGGAAGUAAUGAUUUAAAGCCUACACAACAACAACAACAUCCAGUGCUUUCGUUAAGUUUAGGCGUAAAACUUUUACCAGUUGAUCAACGUUCAUUUGAUUUUCUUAAAGUUAUGAUGACGAAUCGUAUUGCUCCCUUACUCCAUGAUUGGCGUAUACGUCAAGGAUUUGGUGUUACAUUGGAAGAUUAUCGCGCCUCCUAUGAAUGUAUGGCUGAAUGCCUCUUUGUUAUGAAUCAAAGCAAUACUAAUACUAUUACCAACACUAAUACUACUACUAAUAUUAAUAGUAAUAGUUUAAAUACUAACAUAAUAUCAAUUAACAGUACUACUACUAAUACUGCUGCCACCACUACUAAUACUAAUACUAAUACUUCAUCUACUCAACUUGUUGUCAGCAAUCCAGUUCACAAUCCAACAACUAGUAAUGGGACUGUCAUGAUCAGUAGUAUUAGUAGUAGUGCUCCAGUGAAUAAUCCUACUGUUUCAACUAUUACCAGUAAUAAUAAUAAUAAUGUUGACCUUUCUACAUCAACCAGUAUUAUUGUUACCAGUAAUAUAACAACUUCCAAUGUGAAUAUUUCUAAUAAUUAACAAAAUUAUACAAACUAAACAUGUAAUUAUCACUAUAGACAAUGUUUAUAUUUUUCCUACACUUUGUUAUUGUUG